AUGCGUUGUGCGGAGGGGCGCUGUUCGGCGGCCCGUGCUGAGUGUUUUGUGUGCGGUAAUAAAGGACAUUUUGCUCGAAUGUGUAAGUUGAAGCAAUCUAAUUGUUAUUCGAGGGACAGGCGCGUGUAUGAGCUCGAGUGUCACGAUAAUCAUAGCGACGAUAGCGCAGACGGUAGCUUGUUUUAUGUUUCCACUAUUGAGAAAGAUACUGAUCACUGUGAUGAAUGGUUUGAGGUGUUAUAUUGUGAUAAGGGAAGAGAAAAAUUUAAGUUAGAUACGGGUGCCGAUGUGAAUGUUAUAUCGUUUCAAACUUUUUUGCGGUUUGGCUUCGAUAAAAAUGUAAUUAAAAAGGAAAAUAUUCGUUUGAAAUCUUAUAGCGGCAAUACAAUUCCAAUAAGAGGAUUUUGUUAUUUAUCUUGGUGUUUUAAAAACAUAUUGUAUAAUUUAUAUUUCGCAAUUGCUGAUAUUAAAUGUCAAAGCCUGCUGGGACGGAAGUCUUGUGAACGAUUGGGAUUAAUAAAACGUAUCCAAUCUAUAAAAUUAGAUAACUACGGUGACGUGUUUAAGGGUUUAGGUUGUUUACCGGGCGAACAUCAUAUCGUCGUGGAUCGGUCCGUUCAGCCAGUGGUUUGUGCUUCGCGAAAGAUUCCGUUCGGUAUGCGCGACGUUUUAUCAAAGGAAUUAAAAAAGAUGGAAGAGUUACAUGUUAUUAAAAAAGUAGAUUAUCCAACUAAAUGGGUGCAUCCUUUAGUUUUGGCUGCUAAGAAAAAUAACGGUGUUCGCAUAUGUUUAGAUCCUCGUGAAUUAAAUCGGGCCGUUCAGCGCGCACACUUUCAGCUUCCGACGCUGACUGAAAUGGCUGCCAAAUUACAUGGAGCUAAGUUCUUUUCCGUUUUAGACGCGAAUUCUGGAUUUUGGGCUAUUAAACUAGAUAGGGAAAGUGCGGAUCUCUGUACAUUUGCUACGCCGUUUGGCCGUUAUCAGUUUUUGCGUUUACCCUUUGGAAUUAACUCGGCAUCUGAAGUUUUUCACGGAAAAAUGCGACAGCUACUAGAGGAUUUGGAGGGUGUAGACAAUUUUGUCGAUGAUAUAAUUGUGUGGGGCUCUAAUAAACAGGAGCACGAUUUGAGACUGAAGGCUUUGUUAGAGAGGGCCCGACUUAUUAAUUUAAAGUUUAAUAAAGACAAAUGCGCGGUUAAUUAUUUAUCGAGAUUUAUUCCAAAGUACUCGGAAAUCGCGCUUCCGUUGACUAGUCUACUCAAAAAAGAUAACAGCUGGCGCUGGGAGCAAAGCGAAGCGAAUGCGUUUAUUAAGCUAAAGCAAUGUAUCACGAGCGCACCGGUAUUAGCGCUGUACGACGUGAGAACGCCCGUGGUGAUGAGCGUGGACGCGUCGCGCGACGCUCUGGGCGCCGUUCUUCUGCAGCACGGUCGUCCCGUCGAGUACGCGUCUCGCACCCUCACCGACGCCCAGAGGCGAUAUGCUCAAAUAGAGAAGGAGCUGUUGGCCAUCGUAUUCGCGUGUGAAAAGUUUCAUCAAUACGUUUACGGUAAACAAAAGAUUAUAGUCGAAAGUGAUCACAAACCGUUGGAGAGCAUUUUUGAAAAACCAUUAAUGUCCGUUCCAGCACGCUUGCAGUGCAUGAUGCUUAGAAUACAAGGUUAUGAUUUAAUUGUUAAAUAUGUACCGGGUAGAUAUAUGUAUAUUCCUGAUACGUUGUCUCGCGCGCCUCUUCCCGAUCUGUAUAGCGAUGAAAUUCAUACUAAGAUUGUAUAUCAAUUGAAAAUGGUCAUCAACAAUAUGCCAAUUUCUAACAGUAAAUUAACAUUGAUUAAAAAGUGUACAGCUACGGAUUUUGAAUUAAAGGCACUGACGGACUGUAUUAAUAAUGGGUGGCCGGAAUAUAAAAGAAAUGUUGAUUGUAUUGUAAGCAAAUAUUGGUCAAUGAAGGACGAACUAUUUAUAGUUGAUGGUGUAAUUUUUAGACAAAAUUUAGUUAUCAUCCCGCAAUGUUUGAGAAAAGAAAUGUUAAAAAUAAUUCAUGAAGGGCAUUUAGGAAUUGACAGAUGCAAGCGGCGUGCGCGGCAAGUGUUAUACUGGCCAGGCAUAUCGAAAGAUAUAGAAAUGUUUGUAAAAAAGUGUAUUACUUGUCAGGAGAGCUCAAAUUCGCACGCCAAAGAGCCUAUGUUGCCAAUAAACAUACCAUCUUUACCUUGGGAAACAGUAGGUUCCGACAUAUUUGAAUACAGAAAAAAGUACUUCUUAGUUGUAGUCGAUUAUUAUUCAAAUUUCAUUGAAGUGUGUGACAUGAAUAAUAUUACUUCGUACACACUUAUUGAUUGCAUAAAAAAGAUUUUUUCUUGUCACGGUAUUCCAAAAUCUUUUAUGACGGACAAUGGUCCGCAAUAUACAAGCAGGGAAUUCAAAAACUUCGUCAAAGAAUGGGGUUUUGACCAUAUUACAUCGUCUCCUAACUAUCCUCAGUCUAAUGGGAGAAGUGAAAGAGCGGUUCAGACAGUAAAAGGACUUUUCAAGAAGUGUUAUAUGGAUAAAACAGAUUUUUACAUAAGCCUAUUAAAUCUUCGAAAUACGCCACGAGAUGGUUUGAGCUCUCCGGCACAAUUGUUGAUGGGUCGUAGGCUCCGGUGUAAGUUGCCCGUUCACCCGAAUGUAUUGAAGCCACAACCCGUAGACCCAAAAGAACAUGUAAAAAUGUUGCAGAAUCAAUGUACAUCGAAAAUCUAUUAUGACCGAAAUUGUAAGUCUUUGCCCGCACUCAAUGUAGGAGACCCCGUCAUAAUAUGUGAUAAUAAUAAUAGUAGAUGUCGGGGUACGGUGAUUGGGCGAGCAAACACUCCUAGGUCUUAUAUAAUUGAGAACAAAUUUGGAUCACGUUAUCGGCGCAACCGGCGCCAUUUACAACAAAUUGUAAAACCUGAUCCGUUGUUAUCUAAAAAUGAAGAUCAUCAUGAUCAAAAUAAUUUAAUAAGUGAGCCUGACGGUGACGACAGUUCACCAGAUGAAGUGGAACGCACUUCCAAGGAGCGUUCUAUAAUUUUAACCAGAAGUCGGGCGAAAAAACUGAAAAAUGUUUGUAAUUAG